CUUCGAAUGCUACGAGGUCAAAACACAAUUUUCAGAAACACUACAUUACUCCCCUUCUCUCUACUCUGAAAAAAAAACCUAAAAGAAUUCAGCCGUCAUUCAGCCCCUGCCGCCUGCCACCCUCACCGUCACUGCCUGCCUCCGGUGGCCCAGACGCUGCUGUCUGGCGCUGCUCAUGCUCGCUCCUGCUCACGCCUCACUUCCUUAGUCGAAAGUCGAGGGUCGACUGUCCUCUACUCUCUUUACAAAAACCCUAAAAAUCAAAUUUUUGAUUUUUUUAGGGUUUGAGUAUCAUCUUCAACAAUCAAUCAAUUGGGCUAAAACAUUGGGUUUAUUUUGGAUGAAAGUGAAGCUUUUGGAUUGGGGAGAAGAUGGCAUGACUACUGCGAAAGAUUCUGCUUCAUUGCGACAACGAGAACGUAAUCUUUAACAUCAAAAUUUUUCCUGAUUGACUUCCUUUUCUUUAACAAUGAAGAAAUUUGGCACAAUUGGAAUUCCAAUGCACAUAUCCUCUUUUAAUUACUCUGAUUAUUUUCGUAGCAGUUGCUUUUCCUCAGUUUCUCCCUUUUCUAUAAUCCCCAAAACCCUAAAAUUUUGUCCUGUGUAUCCCAGUUCUAUGCCCAUAAAAAGGACUAUGAAUAUAAAAAAUUUUGCUUGUUUCUCAUCUUCUGCUGUUGAUAAUUCAAAUACGACGUCGUCUUCUAUUGAUGCUCCUCUGCAAAUUAAGCCAAAGCUGAAGCCUUGGCUUCUUGUUGGGCUCGGAAAUCCUGGGAAAAAGUACAACGCCACUCGCCAUAAUGUUGGAUUUGAGAUGGUGGACGCCAUAGCAGAAGCGGAGGGGAUUUCUAUGAAUAGUGUUUCUUUUAAAGCUUUGUUUGGGAAAGGUCAUAUUGGUAAUGUUCCUGUUAUCCUUUCCAAGCCGCAAACAUUUAUGAAUGUCAGUGGUGAGUCAGUUGGUCCUAUGGUUUCGUAUUAUAAGAUCCCACUGAAUCAAGUGCUAGUGAUUUAUGAUGAUUUGGAUUUGCCUUUUGCGAAAUUGCGUUUGUUACCCAAAGGUGGUCAUGGCGGACACAAUGGGAUGAGGAGUAUUAUUGAUCAUUUCAAAGGAAGCCGUGACUUUCCACGUUUACGAAUAGGAAUUGGUCGUCCUCCUGGAAAGAUGGACCCUGCUACUUUUGUUCUUCGUCAAUUCAGUAAACAAGAACGGGAAGAGUUGGAUCUGACGUUACAAGUUGGAUUGGAGGCAGUGCGGAUACUGUUGCUACAAGGUAUUAAUAAGAGCGCAACAUUUGUGAACAGUGCAAAGCGUCUGGAACAACUUGGCUGAAACUAAUACUCUCCGUCAUGGGUUUAUAUACCAUUCAUCGGAGGGUUAACUUGUUAACUAGUUGUAUUUUCUAGUGUAUUCAUAUUCUUUUUUUUGGAGUAAAUAUUGAUGGCCGUCAACUUGCACCAAAUCAUUCUUUUUAAAAGAGAAGAAUUCCAGAGAUAUCAGAGUUAUAUUUGCAUCAAUUUAAAGAAGUGUAAUUUUUCUUUUGCGGACAUGUCAUGUGCUCCCAAAUUAGUUUUAACAUGCAUAUUUUUUAAUCAAGUUGUGAAUAUUCAAGCA